AACAACAACAAACUGAUCUCUGGUCGUGGUUCCCGUGUAAAUUUUGUUUCGAUCCGAUUUUACGAGCAAAAGUUUUCGGCUUAUCUCACAAGCAAUUCCAUGCAAGCCAUGAGUGAUAGCAAAAUCACAGAUUUCACGUUGAUGGAGCGUUUAGGCAAAGGCACAUACGCUGUUGUGUAUCGUGCUAUCAAGAAGACAAGCAAAGAGGUAUUCGCAAUCAAAAUUAUGGAACGGCACAAAUUAUCGUCUUCCGCAAUCGAUAAUGUUGUCUCUGAAAUCGGGCUGCUGAAGAGGCUGAAACAUCCGCACAUUGUAGAAAUGAGAGACUUUCUAUGGGAUCAAUCCACUGUCUAUAUUGUAAUGGAAUAUUGCAACGCGGGCAAUUUGUCAUCGUACAUCAAAGCACACAAAACUCUCCCAGAAAGUACGUGUAAAAUGUUUUUACAGCAGUUGGCCUUAGCGUUGCGCUACAUGCGAGCGCACGACGUUAGUCACCUCGAUUUAAAGCCGGCAAACCUAUUACUACAUAAAACAGCAAACAAAUACGUGCUGAAGGUAGCGGACUUUGGAUUCGCUCAACGCUUAAAGCUAAACCAGGAAAACACCGCGGUGAAGGGGUCGCCCCUAUACAUGGCACCGGAAAUAUUAAUCAGCAAGUCCUAUGGUCCCGCUGCAGACCUCUGGAGCGUGGGUGUUAUUCUCUAUGAAUGCCUGUUUGGCAAACCCCCUUACAGUUCGGCGUCGGUGCAGGAGCUCGCCGGGCGCAUCCAGGACAACACUCCAAUCAGCAUCCCACAGCGACCCACCAUAUCGGCGGAUUGCAGAAAAUUGCUCCGUCACCUCCUGCAGCGCAACCCAAACGAGCGGAUAACAUUUGAAAAGUUUUUCGAAGACGCAUUCCUGGACUUGAAAUGUGUGCCAAACGAGGAAAAUUUAGAAAAAGCGAUACAGCUCAUUAAGCACGCUAUUAAAAUGGAUGAAGAGAAAAACGUGAGCACAGCAUACCACCUGUAUUGUCAAGCAUUGCAGUAUUUCGUCCCAAUUACGCUCGCUGAGACUGAUCAAGCAAGGAAGCGAAUCCUACGCCAACGCGUCCAAACGUAUUUGAACAGGGCGGAAGCUCUUAAAAAUAUUAUUCAUGCCAAAGGUGCUGCUCCUUCCUCGUGUUCCGGCAAUGCAUCAACGAGCGCCGUGCACAAGGAGACGGUAUCCGAGUCAGCGACCCGAAACGCUACUGAACCAUCGGGCGCGGAAACCGACGUGCCCGAACGAAUGCUUGCAUAUUUGUCACACAAUUUCGAAGACGUUGCCAGAGGAUUCGAAAUAGUACGGAACGCGAUUGGCGACGCAUUGGAGAACAGGCUGGAGGAAGCGUUAGAGGGUUUUACAACUGCUCUCGGGAUCCUGAUACCGGCUUUGGAAGUAGUCGGCCCUGCGCCACACAAAAAACUUUUACAGCAAAAGAUCGUCAGGUGGAUGGAAGAGGCAGAACAUAUUAAAUCAAUGCGCUCGGCGCAAAUCAUGGAAGAGGUGGAAAACACACAGGCUUACUAUUCGGUUUGCGUCGUCCAAUGAUGUGGAGCAUGGAUGGCAUCCUAACGAAAAACGCUACCCUUUGGAAUGGGUCAGAAUUAGCAGGACUGAACCGUGAACUGGUAACAAUAUUGCUAAGGUAGAUCGACGCGCAUGCAAGCGUUCACGACUGGGAGUGAAAUGAGACGAAGACGAUUGCUUAUACGCACUGCAGCUUUUGGGUUUGUAAUGCAUCCUUCUUAUUAACUGUAAUGCAUCCUUAUUAUUAUUAUUAUUUUAAUGAAUUAUGCGUUUUUUGCACCAAGUUAAAUUUAGCAAAACCGACCGGUUGUGCUGAGUGCUGGUUCUGCGAUGGACUGUUUUCUUUCGCACACUCAAGAAAUCGAUUUAAUGUGAAUAAACAAGGUUGAAUCGAAAAAAGGUUUGUAUGUACGAUUCCGAAGGGUGUGCAUUGCGAACGAUGAACGCCAUUUUGUUAAUUGACGUUUCUUUACCCGCGCAAAAUCGUGCAGUCCAGAAUCAUGGUUUCACCGAAAAAAGUAAAAUUCGCAGCAGAUAUAGUGCCAGGCAGACCUACAACCAAAGGCGAGGCAUCUGAUGCCAGGGUUGAUAUGUUUUCAGCACGAGAAGGACUCGUCAGAGACGGUACGGUGCCGGUAAUACUCUCCGAUGAUGAAGACGCCGAAAAGGUGGACGUCAGAACCAUCAUGAAAGGAUUCUGUCAGGACUCCGCGUUCUAUCGGUCCGCCAAACACCAUUGUGACUGGAUUGAUUGCAAGUUUCAGACUAAGCAGCAGCAGAAGUUUAUGAUGCACGUCGAAGGGCACGCUACGAAUAUAGACAGAGAUGAGGAUGGCUUUGUGUGUAAAUGGCAAUUGUGUGAUUUCAGCACGGAGAUCCAGGACGAUUUUGAGGGUCAUUUGCAUUAUCACGCUUUCCUUACGACACUCAAGGUGUUCGGAGCCAGAUUGAGAGUUACUGUGAGUCUACCCACCUGCAUCUUUGAAAGUGAUAAUCUGAACAAAGUUCCAAACGACACUAAUGUUGAGUGUGCGUGGGGUGACUGUCGCAUGCAGUUCAACAAGAUCAUGGAAUUUGGCCUUCACUUAGAUUCCCACUAUUCCGAUCUGUUUGCCAACCACCCAAGAGGUAAAAAUAAAAAACUCAGAUGCCAGUGGUUAGGAUGCACAAAUACUAUACGGAGCCUAUCCAAGGCUAAGGUACACGGUCAGAAACACACGGGCCCGAGGUAUAUCGCAUGUGAUAAAUGCGGUCACACCUUCAACGUUCGUCAUUUGUUCGUAAAACACCUUCUCGCGACCACCGUGCCUGACCCGAAAGGAACAAUAUACAAAUGUUACGAGAUCGACUGCGAUAAGGAAUUUACCCGCAAACACGCAUAUGAACUGCACUUAUUUAGACACUCGUUUGUUAUUUGGAAACCCUAUAAAUGUUCGAUUUGCACGAAAAGUUACGAAAGGAAGUAUUGGUUUACAAAGCAUGUUGCCAAACAUCGCGAUUCUAUGAAUAAAUCCAAUGAAAAAACUAGCAAUGUAGCACGAAAUGUAACGCGACGUAAAAGCUACUGCGAGGGAGAUAACAUCGACGAGCAAACAAUUGGAGCUCGCAAAAUAAGAAUGCGGCGUAAAAGCGUAGGGGAAGUGAUGAUCAGCUCCAAUGACAAGCCAGCCGAAGUUGCACCAAAGCGAACCAAGGAAGGCACACAUUCCUCGCCUCGCAAACGCACGUGCGAAACGCCGGAACGCCAAGAAAUAGGAUCAGGAAAAGGCGCAUAUGAAAUACACUCCCGUUCUCACCAGAAUCCUACCACGAAAAACUAUGAUUGUUCAAUGUGUAUCAAAAGUUACACAAGCAAGACAUGGUAUUUAAAGCAUCUUUCCAUCAUACAUAAUGUUUCUAUGGAUAACUCCGAAGACAGUACUAGCAAUGUAGCACGAAAUGUAACGCGACGUAAAAGCUACUGCGAGGGAGAUAACAGCGACAAGCAAACAAUUGGUGCUCGCAAAUUGGAAAAGAGGCGUAAGAGCGUAGGGGAAGUGGUGAGCAGCUCCAAUGUCAAACUAGCCGGUGAUGCACCAAAGCAAUCCCCCAUCAGCCUCAAACCAGAGUCCAAGGAAGGCAAACAUUUCUCACCUCGCAAACGCACGUGCAAAACGCCAGAAGCCCCAGAAUUUGGACCAAAAAAAAAAGCUAAACCGUCGUAGAACAGAGGUAGAACUGUUAUGCAACGUAUUAAGAAACGUUCAGAAUCCUAUAUGACAGUAAUUUUGAAUCCUAUAUGACAGUAAAUUCGUCGUAACCGUCGUAAAGCCUCGUAAAAGUGAGGUAGAAAUAUUAAGCAACGUAUUAAGAAACGUUCAGAAUCCUAUAUGAUAGUAAUUUUGAAUCCUAUAUGACAGUAAAUUGGUCGUAAACGUCGUAGAGCGUCGUACAGAAUCCGUAGGAACAUACAGAAUCCUAUAUGACAGUUAUUUUUGAAUCCUAUAUUACAGUAAAUUGGUCGUAAGCGUCGUAAAGCCUCGUAAAAGUGAGGUAGAAAUGUUAAACAACGUAUUAAGAAACGUUCAGAAUCCUAUAUGACAGUAAUUUUUAAUUCUAUAUGACAGUAAAUUCGUCGUAAGCGUCGUAAAGCCUCAUAAAAGUGAGGUAGAAAUGUUAUGCAACGUAUUAAGAAACGUUCAGAAUCCUAUAUGAUAGUAAUUUUGAAUCCUAUAUGACAGUAAAUUGGUCGUAAACGUCGUAGAGCGUCGUACAGAAUCCUAUAUGACAGAAAUUUUCUGUGAAGAAUCUUUUUGAACGUGAAAUAAAUCUGUGAAAAGAUAUGAAGUAUAAAGCCAGGGA